UUCAUUGUGGUGCAUGGAUGCUUCAUUGUACUGUGUGGAUGUUUCAUUGUGGUGCAUGGAUGCUUCAUUGUACUGUGUGGAUGUUUCAUUGUGCUGGUUGUCAUGUUUCAUUGUGCGCACGGAUGUUUCAUUGUACUGUGUGGAUGUUUCAUUGUGCUGGUUGUCAUGUUUCAUUAUGUGGAUGUUUCAGUGUGCUUGUUGUCAUGUUUCAUUGUGCUGUGUGGAUAGUUCAUUGUGCUGGUUGUCAUGUUUCAUUGCGCUGCACGGAUGUUUUAUUGUACUGUGUGGAUGCUUCAUUGUACUGUGUGGAUGUUUCAUUGUGCUGGUUGUCAUGUUUCAUUAUGUGGAUGUUUCAGUGUGCUUGUCAUGUUUCAUUAUGUGGAUGUUUCAGUGUGCUUGUCAUGUUUCAUUGUGCUGUGUGGAUUGUUCAUUGUGCUGGUUGUCAUGUUUCAUUGUGCUGCACGGAUGUUUCAUUGUACUGUGUGGAUGUUUCAUUGUGCUGGUUGUCAUGUUUCAUUAUGUGGAUGUUUCAUUGUGCUGGUUGUCAUGUUUCAUUGUACUGUGUGGAUGUUUCACUGUGCUGGUUGUCAUGUUUCAUUGUGCUGCACGGAUGUUUCAUUGUACUGUGUGGAUGUUUCAUUGUGCUGGUUGUCAUGUUUCAUUGUGCUGUGUGGAUGUUUCAUUGUGCUGGUUGUCAUGUUUCAUUGUGCUGCGUGGAUGUUUCAUUGUGCUGGUUGCCAUAUUUCAUUGUUCUGGUUGUGAUGUUUCAUUGUGCUGGUUGUCAUGUUUCAUUGUGCUGGUUGUCAUGUUUCAUUGUGCUGUGUGGAUGUUUCAUUGUGCUGGUUGUCAUGUUUCAUUGUGCUGCGUGGAUGUUUCAUUGUGCUGGUUGUCAUGUUUCAUUGUGCUGCGUGGAUGUUUCAUUGUGCUGGUUGCCAUGUUUCAUUGUUCUGGUUGUGAUGUUUCAUCGUGCUGCGUGAAUAUUUCAUUGUACUAUGUGGAUUUUCCAUUAUGA